CAUUCACACGCAGGGAGCUGCCGGAGAGAGAACACCUCCACUCACUCCGCGACUCGAGUGGAAAAUUAUGUUCCCAAGUUUUGGAAUUUAAAACCAUGGCGAGGAUAUCUGGUCCCAGGAUCACCUGAAUCUGGCUCCCUCCUCACACCUCUAUGGAUGAUGUACCCAAAGACGGCUUGCAAGUCUAAAAGAAGGGCAGCACAUCAGUAGUUUUGUUCCCCUUCCCUUAUCCCUCUCUCUCCCCCAUAUUAUCUCCCUAUACCUUGACAAUAACGCAGAAGAGAAAGGGGAACCUGACUUGGUACUUGGUACCAGAGACUCCUCCUCCUCCUCCUCCUCCUCUCUUCUACCCAUUCCCCUAAGCCUUGCCUCCUGACAGCCCGGAUAUGUGUCCCCUAGCUGGCCGGGGGAACUUGUUUCUCCUCUUGGGGCUUUUGCUUAUGACAAGCUCAUCCUUAUGUGGCAGCCAACCUCCGCCCUUCAAACGAUUUACCCCUUCUGAGUGGGGGCUCACACAUCUGGCAAUACACAACAAAACUGGAGAGGUCUAUGUGGGAGCCAUCAAUUGGAUUUUCAAACUUUCAAGCAACCUGACCAAACUGCGCAACCACAUGACUGGCCCGGUUGUGGACAAUGAGAAGUGCUAUCCCCCGCCCAGUGUCCAGUCCUGCCCACACGACUUGGCCCAAACUCCCAAUGUGAAUAAACUUCUUCUUAUAGACUACGCACAGAACCGCCUCAUUGCCUGUGGAAGCACCUCACAGGGCAUCUGUCAAUUCCUUCGUCUAGAUGAUCUUUUUAAGCUCGGUGAGCCACACCAUCGCAAGGAGCACUACCUCUCCAGUGUGGCAGAGUCUGGUACCAUGUCUGGGGUGAUCAUAAGCUCUCCCCACAGUCCAACAAGCAAGCUAUUUAUUGGAACCCCCAUUGAUGGCAAGUCUGAAUACUUUCCAACACUGUCCAGCCGCAAGCUGAUGGAGAAUGAAGAAAAUGCCGACAUGUUCAGCUUUGUCUAUCAAGAUGAAUUUGUCUCUUCUCAGCUGAAGAUCCCCUCAGACACGCUGUCCAAGUUCCCUGCGUUUGACAUCUAUUAUGUGUACAGCUUCAGCAGUGAACAGUUUGUCUAUUAUCUGACGAUGCAGCUGGAUACCCAACUGACUUCCCCUGAUGCCAGCGGAGAGCAGUUCUUCACCUCCAAGAUUGUCCGCCUCUGCGUUGAUGACCCCAAAUUUUACUCCUACGUUGAGUUCCCCAUUGGUUGCACGAAAGAUGGAGUUGAGUACCGCCUGGUGCAGGACGCCUUCCUGGCUCGGCCAGGUCGGCAGCUGGCUAAGUCUCUGGGGAUCACUGAGAACGAAGACAUCCUCUUCACAGUCUUCUCUCAGGGUCAGAAGAAUCGGGCCAAACCACCCAAAGAGUCAGCUUUGUGCCUCUUCACCCUGAGGAGGAUAAAAGAGAAGAUUAAAGAAAGGAUUCAGUCCUGCUACAAGGGAGAUGGCAAACUUUCCUUACCCUGGCUGCUCAACAAGGAGCUUGCCUGCAUCAACUCGCCGUUGCAGAUAGACGACGACUUCUGCGGCCAGGACUUCAACCAGCCUCUGGGGGGAACCAGUACCAUCGAGGGCAUUCCCCUCUUCCUCGACAAAGAUGAUGGGAUGACUUCAGUAGCGGCAUACGACUACCGUGGCAACACUGUGGCUUUUGUCGGCACACGCAACGGCAAACUGAAGAAGAUCCUGGUGAACUCUGUGAAUCCCAACAGUCCUGCAGUGCUGUAUGAGAAGGUGACUGUAAGUGACGGAGGAAGUCCUUUACUCCGAGACAUGCUGUUCAGCCCCGACCAGCAGUACAUCUACACACUGACAGACAGACAGGUGGUGAGAGUUCCAGUGGAGAGCUGUGAGCAGUACACCACUUGUGGGGAGUGUUUGGGCUCCAGAGAUCCUCACUGUGGAUGGUGUGUCCUCCACAAUGUUUGUUCACGUAAGGACCGGUGUGAACGUGCAGGAGAACCCCAGAGGUUUGCCUCUGACCAGAGUCAGUGUGUGGAGCUCAGUGUGCAGCCUGGAAACAUCUCUGUCACCAUGUCGGAAGUCCAGCUGGUCCUCCAGGCACGUAACGUGCCCGAUCUGUCAGCGGGGGUCAACUGCUCCUUCGAGGACUACGUGGAGACGGAGGGACGGAUCCAGGGUGGACACAUCUUCUGCCUCUCUCCCUCCGUACGGGACGUCAUUCCGAUCACAAGGAACAAAGGUGACAAGCGCGUGGUGAAGCUCUACUUGAAAUCCAAGGAAACGGGCAAGAAGUUUGCCAGCGUCGACUUUGUCUUCUACAACUGCAGCGUCCACCAGUCUUGCCUUUCCUGUGUAAAUGGCUCCUUCCCAUGCCACUGGUGCAAGUACCGCCACAUGUGCACCCAGAAUGCCAACGACUGCUCUUUCCAGGAGGGACGCGUCAACAUCUCUGAGGACUGCCCCCAGAUCCUUCCCUCAACCCAGAUCUACAUCCCCGUCGGCGUCACCAAGCCGAUAACCUUGGCAGCGAAGAACCUGCCCCAGCCUCAGUCCGGACAGAGAAACUACGAGUGUGUCUUCCACAUCCAGGGGGAGACUCACAGUGUCCCUGCCCUGCGCUUCAACAGCACGUCCAUCCAGUGCCAGAAGACACCGUAUUCCUAUGAGGGCAAUGACAUCAGUGACCUGCCUGUGGACCUGUCUGUGGUGUGGAAUGGAAACUUUGUCAUUGACAAUCCCUACAACAUCAAAGCUCACCUGUAUAAGUGUUACGCACUGCGGGACAGCUGUGGGAUGUGUUUGAAGGCAAACCCCAGGUUUGAGUGCGGUUGGUGCGUACAGGAGAAGAAGUGCUCCCUGCGACAGGAGUGCACUCCCGUGGAGAGCACUUGGAUGCAUGCCACCACAGGAAACAGCCGCUGUUCACACCCUAAAAUCAUCAAGCUGUCUCCUGAGACGGGGCCCAGACAGGGAGGGACCAUGCUGACCAUCACAGGCGAGAACCUGGGUCUGCAGUUCAAAGACAUCCAGAAUGGAGUCCGAAUUGGCAAAGUGAUCUGCAUCCCUCAGGAGGACGAGUACAUCAGUGCUGAACAGAUUGUGUGUCGACUCAAUGAUGCAACAGGUUACAGGGUACAGGAGGCUCAGGUGGAAGUGUGUGUGAGGGACUGCCUUCACCCCGACUACAAAGCAGUCUCUACCAAGGCUUUCACCUUUGUGUCUCCCUACUUUACCCGAGUCCAUCCCUCCACGGGUCCACUGUCUGGAGGAACCAGGAUCACCAUUGACGGCAGUCAUCUUAACGCGGGUAGUGCUGUGUCUGUGAAGAUAGGACUUAACCCUUGUCGGUUUGAAAGGCGAAAUAGCAGGGAGAUAGUGUGCGUGACCCCGGCGGGUCUAGCUCCGGGAACGACCCCAGUGAUGGUGGACAUCAACUCUGCUGAGCUGAGGAACCCAGAGGUCAAGUUCAACUACACAGAUGAUCCCACCAUCCUCAAGAUUGAGCCUGACUGGAGUAUCGCCAGCGGAGGAACUAUGUUGACCAUUACUGGGACCAAUCUGGCAACCAUCAAGGAGCCGAAAAUGAGAGCCAAAUAUGGAUCUGCCAAGUCAGAGAAUAACUGUACGGUUGUCAACAACACCGUGAUGGUGUGUCUGGCGCCCUCCGUGGCCGGAUCCGACAAAGUCUUCUCUGAGGCCGGCACCAGUCCAGAUGAGAUUGGUUUUGUCAUGGAUGAUGUGCGCUCUGUGCUGGUGGUAAACGAGACUUUCAAUUUCCACCCGGACCCUGUGUUUGAACCUCUGAGCCCCUCAGGAAUGCUAGAGCUGAAGCCCAGUUCACCCCUCAUACUCAAGGGCCGUAACUUAAUCCCUGCAGCCCCAGGAAACACUAAGCUGAACUACACCGUGCUGAUUGGGGAGACACCCUGCGUUCUCACCCUGUCUGAGAGCCAGCUGUUGUGCGAAUGGCCUAACCUGACUGGAGAACACAAAGUCACUGUGCGUGUUGGAGGCUUUGAGUACUCACCAGGGACCCUGCAGAUCUAUUCUGACAGCCUGCUCACGCUGCCUGCCAUCAUCGGUAUCGGGGGAGGCGGUGGCCUGCUCCUGCUGGUUAUCAUUGUCGUGCUGAUAGCUUAUAAGAGGAAGUCACGUGAUGCUGACCGCACCCUCAAGCGACUUCAACUGCAGAUGGACAACCUGGAGUCCAGAGUCGCUCUUGAGUGCAAAGAGGCGUUUGCAGAACUGCAGACCGACAUCCACGAACUCACCCAGGAACUGGAUGGAGCAGGAAUCCCUUUCCUGGACUACCGCACCUAUGCCAUGAGGGUCCUCUUCCCUGGGAUAGAGGACCAUCCUGUGCUCAAGGAGAUGGAGGUACGGGUCCCCGCCAAUGUGGAGAAGGCCCUGACGUUGUUUGGCCAGCUGCUUACCAAAAAGCACUUCCUGCUUUCCUUUAUCCGCACUCUGGAGGCGCAGCGGUCCUUCUCCAUGCGAGACCGAGGCAACGUGGCCUCCCUCAUCAUGACGGCGCUGCAAGGGGAGAUGGAGUAUGCAACUGGUGUCCUCAAACAGCUACUGUCAGACCUCAUUGACAAAAAUCUGGAGAGCAAGAACCACCCCAAGCUCUUACUCAGAAGGACGGAGUCGGUCGCUGAGAAGAUGCUCACCAACUGGUUCACCUUCCUGCUCUACAAGUUCCUCAAGGAGUGUGCGGGUGAACCUCUCUUCAUGCUGUACUGUGCCAUGAAGCAGCAAAUGGAGAAGGGACCGAUCGACGCGAUCACAGGAGAAGCCCGCUACUCCCUCAGCGAGGACAAACUCAUCCGGCAGCAGAUUGACUACAAGACUCUGACGCUGCACUGUGUGAACCCAGAGAAUGAAAAUGCUCCAGAGGUGACAGUGAAGAGUCUGAACUGUGACACAGUGACGCAGGUGAAGGAGAAGCUGCUGGAUGCCGUGUACAAGGGUACACCAUACUCACAGAGACCUAAAGCCUCAGAUAUGGACCUGGAAUGGCGGCAGGGCAGGAUGGCUCGCAUCAUCCUGCAGGACGAGGACGUCACCACGAAGAUUGACAAUGACUGGAAGAGGCUCAACACCCUGGCUCACUACCAGGUGACAGAUGGCUCAGUGAUCGCCCUCGUGCCUAAACAGAACUCAGCCUACAACAUCUCCAACUCCUCCACCUUCACCAAGUCCCUCAGCAGAUACGGUACGAGAGAAGAGAGCAUGCUGAGGACGGCCAGCAGUCCAGACAGCUUGCGCUCCCGAACGCCCAUGAUCACCCCCGACCUUGAGAGCGGAACCAAACUGUGGCACCUGGUCAAGAACCACGACCACUCCGACCACAGGGAAGGGGACAGAGGGAGCAAGAUGGUCUCUGAGAUCUACCUGACCAGACUGCUGGCCACUAAGGGAACGCUCCAGAAGUUUGUAGACGACCUGUUUGAGACCAUCUUCAGCACAGCACACAGAGGCAGCGCCCUGCCCCUCGCCAUCAAAUACAUGUUUGACUUCUUGGACGAGCAGGCGGACAAACACUCCAUAUCAGACUCUGAUGUGCGGCACACGUGGAAGAGCAACUGUCUUCCGUUGCGGUUUUGGGUGAAUGUGAUCAAGAAUCCGCAGUUUGUGUUCGACAUCCACAAGAACAGCAUCACAGACGCCUGCUUAUCUGUGGUGGCUCAGACCUUCAUGGACUCGUGUUCAACAUCAGAGCAUAAACUGGGGAAGGACUCGCCCUCCAACAAGCUGCUCUACGCUAAAGACAUCCCCAACUACAAGAACUGGGUAGAAAGGUACUACUCUGACAUCUCGAGGAUGUCGGCCAUCAGUGACCAGGACAUGAGUGCCUACUUAGCAGAGCAGUCACGCCUCCACGCCAACCAGUUCAACAGCAUGUCGGCUCUGCACGAGAUCUACUCCUACAUUGUCAAGUACAAGGAUGAGAUCUUGUCGGCUUUGGAGCGGGACGAGCAGGCGAGGAGACAGAGACUGAGGAGCAAACUGGAGCAGGUCAUCGACACAAUGGCCCUGAGCAGCUGAGGACCAUCCAGCACCUCGCACCUCCUCCUCUUCACUCCUCGUCUCCAUUCGUCUCUCUCUCUCUCUCUCUCUCUCUCUCUCUCUCUAUCUCUCUCUCUCUCUCUCGCUCCUCUCUCGUAGAAAACAAACAAAACUGCAGCCCCCAACGACACAGACAAACUGCACAAGGACUGACGCAGUAUACUGAGAACCUGGGGAGGGGGCGGGGUUCGGCAGAGAUGGGCGGGCAUGUGUGCGCUUACAUGUGUAUGUGUGUGUUUGUGUGCGCGCCCUGGACAGUGUGAGACACUGGGACACUGGACUGUGGAGAAACUUGUCGACUGACAGCAUUUGAUUAUCGUGGAUGUUGGUGUCUUUGGUGGUUUGCUUGAUUUUGAUUUCAGGAGUUUUGUGCAGUGGUCACAAACACACAGUGGAAGCCUGAACAUGAACUCCACACACACACACAUGGCAUCCCUGUUCACAGGAUUGGACCAAUCUGUGCUGAGCCAAUGGAGACGAGGCUGUCAAGGUCACGUGACCCCGCCGGGGGUGUCACCGUUUUAAAGGUUGAUAGUUGUUGUUUUUUUUCCCUUUUUUCUUUUUUGUAUAAAUGUAAUCAACUGCCCACUCUCUGAUCUCUCGCCACUUGUAUUACUGCUGAAUUUGCACAAUUUACAGAAACGUUACAAAGGAAGACUAUAUAGAUAUUAUAUAUAAAAUACAGCUACGUUUUUAAAAGAAAGAUUAGGGAGCAAACAUUUGAGUUGUUUUCCUUCUCGUUUUAAAACAAACACAAUAAAAAAAAAACAUGAUUUGCUAUUUCAAGUACAAAAGGAGAAAAAAAAGAAAACCUACGUAGACAAAAGGAAAAAACUAUGAAAAAGAAACAAAAAAGUUGUACUGUGCCAUGUUUUCUUUGAAUGUUGUUUAGUGCAAAGACAUUUUGUUAGAUGGAAUGUGCUAUGAUUUUUUAAAAAUAUAAACAAUGCCUAGUGACUGAAAAAGAAUCGUUUGAGUAAUGAGUCCCAUUUUAGAUCCUUGUUGGAAGUAGCGGGAAAAGAGCGGCGACGCGGUGAUGACGUUGCUGCUCGUCCAAUCGGUGCAAUCGUUUGGUUUCAGGAAGCCAGAUAUUGUUGCUUUUACGGUGAGCGCACUGUCGUCUGGCUCUCAGGCUGGUUCUUUGGUUCAAGGGUCAGGAAGCGACAGCUCGGUGGUUCCCAAAGACUGGGUCGGGACCCACAGAUGUGUCAUUGGAGAUGUGUUUUUUAGGGUCCCUAAACAAAUUUUCCCAACCUUUUAGUUUAGAUGAAUGUGUAUAUGUUUGAAAUACCAAGUCUAAAAUGAAGUUGUAGUCCAAUGAUUUGAAUUUAAAUUCAAAACUAAUAUUAGGUGUCACAGAUGUGGCUGUAAAUGAAUGGACACAUUUGCUCUUGUCCUCAUCGAUGUUGUGAUUUGCUCACGAUAGUUUGCCACCUUCAAAAAAAACAAACAAAAAACAAAAAAAAAAAGUGGGUCCUCGUGUAGAAAGUUUGGGAGACACCGUAUUAUGGUGACUGAACAAUGAAGUAGCUACAUUGCACUACCGCAAAAUAUUCCCCAUCUGCUCUGAUUUGAAACACCGCAGCCACGGACGUCUUGAGUCUGUGAGGAUUGCGCGGGUCCAGGGUCCAGGGUCCAGGGUCGGUGGUUGUGCAGCGCGGGGGAUCUGUGGCAGCAAAGUCUCGCUGCUCUCACACUCUGUUUCCGUGGCUGCAGGAGCCUUGGUGAGGUCAGACGCAGCUUAGUGGAGUGAUGAAACAAAGUUUCCAGCCUAAAGCCGCCUUUUUUUUUUUUAAUCAUUUUCUCAACGUUAAUGCUCAAAUAAAAGAGGGGGAAAGGAAAAGAUAAAGUGAGUGUUUUCUCUCCACCUCUAACCUGUUCUAUUUCAGACAGGGAUUUUGCUUUUUUAUCCAUAAGGGGAGAACAAGAGGAUAGAACAAUUCAGAGGUGAGACACCUCUGCUCAUUAGCGACGCGAGGCUGAGUAAUCCUCCACUUAGCCCACGGCUCUUCUUUCAAAACUAGCCUAUUGCCAUGUGUGGCUUAAGCUUUUUUUUUUUAUUACUGCUCUCCUUAGAGGAUUCCUUUGUCUCUAUCGCUCUCUUCUUUUUUUUCUAAGUCAUGAUUUGUGGUGAGAAGUAAUUGUUUUAUUUUCUGCUUGCCAAAAAACCAAACUGUGGUCUGUAAAAAUGUUUUCGUUGAUGUUUUCAUUUGUAAAUUGUAUACUUUUCACCAUGAGCAAAAGCUAUAUGCCAUUUUUGUUUUAUCAUCAGGUUUGUCUUUUUAUUUUUCCACAUGUAAAUUGUACAUUCGACGGUACGCAGAAGACAAAAUUCUCUUUAGUUUGCCUGAAAGUUUUUUAAGUACUUGACGGAACUCGAGGUGUUUUUUUUUGUUUGUUUUUUUCCUGAUCUCAUGGAUCAAAAUGAGCAUCAGUUGUCUUUGUGAUGGAAAUGUGACCUGCUGCUUUAACCUCGUACCUUGUUUUUCUAUCAGAUAUUAGGGCUGUCAUUUUGUGCUGAUCAUGAAUGCUGUCAAUGUCUUGGGUUUCUUUUAAAAAGAGAACAAUCCUCUGUUACAUCUGGGGCUGAACCAUUUGGAAUAAAUAUCUGAUAGCGAUUUUUUUGACAGGAAUUACGAUCGCGAUAUCAGAGGGGAAUUUUUACAUCUUUAUUCUCAUUUACAUUUACAAUGAUGACUGUGUGAUACAGAUCUGUGAGAGAACGAUGUCCAAUAAGACGUGUAUAGAUGGAAGUCACAUCUGAAAAUAGGAAACACACAUCCUUCCAAAUUCAUGUUAAAGCUGCCAUUUUGUCUGAUGUGACUCUGUGCUCUGAGCCUAAGUUAAGUGAACGUCUGUUCGGACAUAAUGGUUUUUUUUUGUAUCAUCGGACAGCUCUGCUCGCAUUAGACGAGAAAUUACAGUUAAAAUCCUUUCUCUUGUUGCCAAAAUAUGCUUUGAACACCUCAUUCUCCUGGUUUUUGUCCAGCUGACCUUUCUGCUGUAUGUGAACAUGUCGCUGCUGUCACAGUUGAUCACACGGUAAAGAAAAGACAAAGACGGCUGCUGGUGCAGACUUCAGCAGUGCACAAACACAAGUGAAGGCUUCUUCUUCUUCUUCUUCUUCUUCUUCUUCUUCUUCUUCUUUUUAAAGACAAACAUUCUCAGUUAUUCUCAGGUUCAUGCUUUAUUUGGGUCGGGGUGUGUUUUUCUUGUUUGUUUUUUACUUGCCUUUUUAAGAGCGUCCACACACAAACUUUCCAGCUCUGUCCUUCAUUGUCAUAGCGGACAUCAUUGCAUGUUCCGAGGUCUGCUGUGUUUGCUGUGAUGUAGAGGAGCAGCGUCUGCUGCCGACCGUAGUUUGACAGAGUCGCCGGGAUGUUUUGCUGUUUUUAUGUCCAAUCAGAACAAAGGAACUCACGUGAAUUCACUGCCUACAGUUUCAGCACAAAGCCGCGUAUCUCAUGUUUAAUCCCCCAGCUCUACGGACAAACUAAGUCACACUUAUGCCUUUUUCCAAAACACCAUUCUGUUUUUUUGUUUUUGUUUUUCUCCCCCUGCUGUUCUCCAUUUCUGAAAAUGUGAUGUUUUUAUUUGUUUUUCAAAGAAGGAAAGUGCAUAUAGGCUCCUAGGAAAAGGCAAAGCAAAGGACUUUUAAUACUACAGACCUCAGACUUGAAGCGACUGUCACAAGUUUGCAGGUUCAACAUUCAUUGUGUAAAUAUUCUGUUAUUUCCUAUUUUGCAGAUUAACUACUUGUAAAUAAACACGCAUCAAGGAGAGAUUAAACAUUUUUUGCU